CACAAUUGGAAGGAUGACGCAGUCGGCAUUUGAACGGCUGAGGCCGAUAUGCGUGCGGCUGUCUAAGGAGCCGUCUAACGACGCCAUCCAGCAGCUCAGGACUCUCCUGCAGAGGAUGGAUGAGGGAGCCCUUCAACCCUUCCAGCAGUACGUUCUGUUCCCUCUGCGACUGAUACUCCGAGACCCCAAAAAAAUGCCCGCCGGUUGCUGUGAGAAUGCCCUGGGGUGUAUCGCCAAGAUCUUCUCCUGCACUACAGUCAGUGACUGGCAGGUCUUCUCUGAUUUCUUCUCCACCCUCUGUAUUCUCAUCAGCCCGCAGGCCAACUUUGGGCAAGUUUCAGACCAGGCGGAAGAGUUCAAAUUAGCGGUAAUCUUGUGCUUUGAGGAAUUACUAAAGAGUGCUUCAGACACUGUCCUGAGUCGCUUGUACAGCCCUGAAUUCCUCCCGGCAGUGGGCCAUGCCGUUUCUGUUCUGCUGGGACUGGCCGAGUUGGAAAAACUUAAAGAUCUGAGGGUCAGGUCCAUGACAUGUCUGCAGCAUCUUGCCCAAUGCUCAGGUGGAGAAUCCACCAGCAACACCGACCAAGCCAGAGCCUGCCUUGCCUCAUUCCUGCCAGGCAUCACCCUGGCACUCAGUAGGGCCAUACUGGGUGACCCCAAACAGGGCCAGAAAGUCACUACUACUGCAAUCCACACCUGGUCUAAAAUUGUUGCCAUGGUGAUGGGCGACUUGCACUCACCCAGCCAAUCAGAUGAAAACAGUAAGUGCCCAUCACCAAAGGAGGGUGUGGCCAACAGUCCAGGAAGAGAUCUAUUGGUUAAAAGAACACCAGAGUGGGUGGAGUCAACAGCGAAGAAACUGGACAUCCUGAUUGGUCGGCUUGUUACCAUGGCAACUAACCAGAGCUGGAAGAUCCGCCUCACAAUGGUGGCAUUUUCAGAAGAACUUCUAUUCAGUUGCAAAAGCUCACUGUCUGCCAGCGUUCCAAAACUCCUGGAGCUCCUCGUGUCGCUCAUUGGCGACGAAUAUGACCAGGUGGCUGAGCGGUGCAGGAGGAUACUGGAGACAUUUGCCCAGGCACACAUGGGAGGAGAUGGGGAGGGGGACGGGGUGGGGGAUGGGGUGGGGAAACCCCUGGUGGAGCUACUGGAAGAGAAUCUACACUCGCUGAUGACUGCCCUGCCCAGGCUAAUGAGGACAGCAGAUGAUGCUACAAAGCUGGCAAGGCUAAACCUGGUUAUUGGAUACCUGAAACUUCUUGGUCCUAGGAUCUCAUCACUGCUUCACUCAGUCUCCCAUCUCAGACGUCUGUCCCUGGCACUCAUCCAAGUCUUGGAGCUUGACCUCAGGGACGUCAAGAUACUGGAAGAGGCAACUCCGCAUCCAGAAUCAGCAGCAUGUGCUAUGAAGGCCUUUCAUUAUUGCCAGGCCAGGCGGAAAUAUUUCAAACAUUUUGCUGAUGAUAGAAUCUACAAGGCAAUAGUGCAGGUCUGUCAUCUACUGGGAAAACAUGGAAAUAUCACCCUUCUUGUGGACCACUUUCUGGACCUCUUCCACGAGUCGACAUCGCAUCGGAAACAGGCCGUCCUCAUCCUGAAUGAGAUUAUGCUGGGUACCGUGGAAACGCGGCUUGACGAUAGCAACAAGGCAUCAUGGGAAGGGUCAGCCAGUCCAGCUUUGAGAGAUACAGAGGAAAUAGAGCUUGCCGUUCGGACUUUGCUUCAAGAAUACUUGUUGCCUGCGUAUUGGAAUCUCCCCACAACUCCUGGCCAAUCAGAGGCCGCCCCGGCUCAUAAGGACACAGCUAAUUGGCUGGUUGUCUCCCAGCAGGAGAGAGGCAGCAUUUCAUUGGCUGUGCUAAACAGCAAUGUGCUGCUGAUAAGUCUGCUCUUGGAAGGGAUUGGAGCUUUUGCCCAGGUUUUAGGACCAGCAUUCAAUCUUCUUUUGAUGGAAUGUCUCUACUCGGUCUUUGAGAAACUAGCUGACGAGAAGUCAAUCAUCAGUCAAUCAGCUUACGCCACCAUGGUACAGAUCUGCAUGGCAUGCGGGUACCAGACCAUCCCAGCUCUUCUGAGCUCUAACGCAGAUUACCUGGUAGACGCCAUCUCCUCCGGCCUGAGACACCUAGAGAUGAACCCUAAGGCUCCGCUGGUUCUCCAAGUCACUCUCAGACACAGUGAUGCGGAAAUGCUGCCUCUACUUCAGGACACCAUAGAUGAGAUUCUCCUGACGUUGGACCAGUACCACAAGGAGCUGGCUGCCAUGAUGAUGGAUGUCUUGAAGACACUAGUCAUAGCCAUCUACAGGUGGUUCCCUGCAGGCAAGGAGAACCAGACCUCAUCAGAAACUGAGGCAGAUUCGGAGUCAGCGCACGAUGGGGGUCCCACCAGCCAAGAUCCUGACCCUACCGAUGAUCACCCUGUCACUCAUGAAUCCAUCCGCGAUUUCUUCCUUGAACACCUGCGCCUGAAGCGCAUCGCCGAGGGUGACGUACGAGAGGAGGACAUAGAGGGCGACAUUGCGGAGGACCUGAGUGAAGCGACCGGGGAGGGGGUUGAGCAUGGGGACGAAGUGGAUAGGGAGAAAGUGCUACCAAUGCAUGUCAAGACAGUCAAGGAGGUCCUGGAGAGAUGCCUUCACUUUCUCUCGGCCAAUGAUCCGAGAUUACGUCUGAAGGUUCUGGAGAUUGUUAGGCAUGGGAUGUUGGCACUGCAGAAUCACCAAGAUGAGCUCCUUCCUCUAAUUCACAGACUGUGGCCAGCCUUCGUGCAACGAUUCCAAGAUACCGAUCAACUGGUAACCUGCAGGGCAUGUCAAACGCUGCAGACCAUGGCGGACACAGGUGGGGAUUUCAUACAGAAGCGGGUCAUUAAGGAUGUGUGGCCCAAACUGGUGUCCUUCCUGGAAGCCCAAGCCAAAAUCAGUGAGAAGGCAGGGCCGGCCUACCGCCAUACCUCGGCCUGCAAGCUGCAGUCAGCGAUCCUCCACUGUGUGGGCCCAGUGUGCACCAAUACGGGCAUGGGAGGCGGGGAACUAGCCAAGAUGGCCACCGCCUGCCUGCCUUACUUAAGCGCCAGGCAGCCUGAGAUGCUGCAGACAGUGGCAUUGGAGAGCUUUGAAGCAUUUGCAGAACUGGAGCCGGACGCAAUAUGGCUGACGCUGAAUGAUGUCUACUGUCCGUCAACUGCCCUACCACCGCAUGAGGGCUUUCCAACUCACAAGUUUUACGGCGAGAUCAACCCCCACAGAGGUGAAUAUGCCAAGAACAUUCCAAGACUUCUGGAUCAACUUUGAUAUCGUCCCAUCUUGCAAGACACAUAAAAUGCAGAAUGUAGAGGACUAGUGUCUACCAUCAGAAUCAAGAAUAACAUCUUGUCAGUCAUGUUAAAGUUUCUUUCCUCAUGCUUUUCAACAAAUACCAUUUUUCUUUCUCUAAACAAAUUGCAACAUGUAUGGUUUAUUCCAACAAACAAAAGG